AUGGCCAGUGGAAAAUUAAUUUUAGGGCUCUGUAAUGUCCUAUACUUGAUAUCGGGAGGAAGAUGGACCUUUGUUCUUGUCACUAUAGUUCUUUCUGUAUUAUACAACAUUGAGAAAAAUAAGAUUCCUAUUCAAACCCCUCAGGAAUCAUCACAUAUUUAUGAAGUUGAUUUCACUUCAACUUCAUUCACAUCUAGUUCAUAUAUACCUACUUCAGAUACAACCAUUACUAAACGUUCACGUGCUAAGAGAUCUCCUAAGUUGAUUAAAGUGAAGAAACCAGUGGUCGAUUCCCAACCUCAAUUAACUAGAACUUUGGUUGAUUUGCCUAAACAAGCUCAGAUCUUUGUCUUUUAUACCACAUUAACUGGAUCAUCUCAUAGAGUUGCCAAAUCACUUGUUACAAAACUUGAAGGUCUUGGAUUAAGUCAUGCUCCUAAAUUAUUAAGUCUUGAUGAUGACGUUGAUGAUUUGGAAGAAUUCUUUCUCAAGACUCCACAACCUGAAGAUAGCGAAGUCAAGAAUGUCUAUUUAUUAGUGUUGCCUUCUUAUGAAACUGACUCUCCCAUAGAUUAUUUCUUGGAACAUUUACAAGACACAUAUCAAGAUUUCAGAGUUGAUAAAUACCCAUUACGUAGUUUGCUUGGGUUUGCCGUGUUAGGAUUGGGUGAUUCUGAAUCAUGGAACGGUGAAAAGUUCUGCUAUCAAGCUAAAUUGGCCGAUAAAUGGAUGGGUAAGUUAGGUGCAAGAAGAUUGUUCCCUGUGGGUACUGUAUGUAUGAAACAUGAGGGGGAAUCAAAAGCGGAAGAAUGGAUUGAUAACUUCACUCAGUUGUUGGUUGAUGAAGAGCCAUUUUAUGUCGAUGAAAAUGACAGUGUUGAUGAUAGUGAUAAUGAAGAUAGCGACGAAGUAACUGAUUCUGAAACCUUGGUUGAUGUUGAAGAAAUGGGAAACAUUAUUCGUAAAUCGGGGGUAGAAAGUGAAGCCAAACAAAUGGUAGCCAAGGACUCUCCUACUUUCAAAUCAUUAACUAAACAAGGAUACACCAUUGUCGGAUCCCAUUCAGGUGUCAAAAUCUGUCGUUGGACCAAGAGUGCUCUUCGUGGUCGUGGUUCAUGUUAUAAAUUUGCCUUUUACGGUAUUAAAUCACAUUUAUGUAUGGAAACUACGCCAUCCCUUGCAUGUUCCAACAAAUGUGUAUUUUGCUGGCGACAUGGUACCAACCCUGUGGCUAAAUCGAAUUGGAGGUGGGAAGUUGAUCCUCCAGAAAAGAUUUUCAAUGGGGCAUUAGCCGGACACUAUCUGAAGAUUAAGCAAAUGAGAGGUAUUCCUGGUAUUCAAAUGGAUCGAUUCCAAGAAGCAUUCCAAGUGAGACAUUGUGCCUUGUCCCUUGUUGGUGAACCGAUUUUCUAUCCUCAUAUUAACGAGUUCAUUGGCAUGUUGCAUGGCCAACAUAUUUCGUCAUUCUUGGUUUGUAAUGCUCAGCAUCCAGAUCAUUUAGCCAAAUUGAACAAAGUUACUCAAUUAUAUCUCAGUAUUGAUGCUCCUACUAAAACCGAUUUGAAGAAGGUUGAUCGUCCUUUGAACAGUGAUUUCUGGGAAAGAUUAAUGUCAUGUUUGGAUAUUAUUCGUACUACCCAAGCUCAUCAGCGUACCGUGUUCAGAUUGACUUUAGUCAAGGGGUUCAAUAUGGGAGAUAUUGAAAGUUAUGCCGAUAUGGUUGAGCGUGCCAUGCCAUCGCAGAUUGAAAUCAAGGGGGCUACUUUCUGUGGUAGUUCUAAUGGUAAUGGUAAUCCAUUAACCAUGCAGAAUAUUCCAUUUUACGAAGAAUGCAAACAAUUUGUCAUUGCUUUGAAUGAAGAGUUGCAGGGAAGAGGAUUAGAUUACGAUAUUGCCGCUGAACAUGCGCAUAGUUGUUGUAUAUUGAUGGCGCAAAGAAAGUUCCAAAUCAAUGGCAAAUGGCAUACUCAUAUUGAUUAUCCUAAAUUCUUCCAAUUAUUGGAAAGCGGCGAAGAUUUUGUGGAUACUGAUUAUAUUAAAGAGACUCCAGAAUGGGCUGUUUGGGGAAGUGAUGGUGCUGGGUUCAAUCCUGAAGACACAAAGUAUGAUAGAAAGGCUGAGAAGUUGAAGAAGAAGAUUGAAAGGGAAGAAAAGGCAAAGUUGGAAAUUGAAGUGUAA